AUGGUGGACGACGAUGGAGACGGAUGGCUGAGGAUCUCAACACAGACUCGGUUUGCAGCUAUGGCCAGUAGGCAGAUGCUGCUGUACGUUUUUGGUACGGGUGAGAGUCUGGACGCUGGUUUCCAAGCUCCGCUUUGGCUCUGCGCUGUACCUCACAAUGGCGGCGGCCACCCUCCAAAGCGUCGCCAGGCACACCGCACAGUUGCGCGUCGAGCUCUUCUGAUUGGCUGCAGCUGUGAUGCACCAACCGGGGAGGACCACAGCUAG